CGAUUUGUAUACAUAGCAUUCUCUAAUUUUUGAAAUUUUGAUUUGACUUCAUACAUACAAUUUUUUAUAAAUUUUUAAGCAACAAUAAAAAUAAAACUGCAAAUAAAUAAAUCAAAACUAUGGCGAAUACCAGCCAUCGUAAAAGCACGAAUCGCGCAUUUGACUGCAUUUACAGCGCGGACAGCUCGACAACUGAUGAAAAGAGCGAUAUGAAGUCGUUGAAAAACGCUAAGAAUAAAUCUACAACCGUUAAGUUGUAUCCGAGGCAUGAGAUAAUGUUCUCGAAAGAACCAGGCCUGGAGCAUUACGCAUUCCGCAAGGAGCUAACACCGAUCGACGCUGAUCGUAACUCGCUAACGUCUGGUUCAACUGAUUCGUUAAAUCAUUCCUACAAUCGGAUCUCAGCACGUUUGCGCGGAGGCGCCAACAACCCAGCAGAGCGGCGUGUAACGGGUAUUGUUACGGCCCCCAGUGAAUGUAAAACCAAAGCAUUGGGUCUGGAUCAUUUCAUACCAGACACGAAAGUGAAUGUUGUCGAAAUGAAAUUGAAUCUUUCUGCCGAAGCGGAGAAUAGCCCUGCACAAAAGUAUGCCUAUUGUAAAUAUUUUCCAGAGAUUAAGGAGAAACGCGUUAAAACUCGAGGAACACAAUCAAUUUAUCGUGAAUCCUCUGCUCAAACUUUGCCAUAUCUUCCCGAAGUUUCAAAUACCGAAACUGAGUUAGAACAAAUAGAGCUUUUCAAAUUACCCACAAUUUUGCCUGGUGAUGGCCCACCCGGUUUAUACGAAGUCGAAGUACUUGAACGUGCGCGAAAGCGUUGGGCAUUCGCUCGCGCACUCAAAGAAAAUAUGAGACGCCAAAUCGAGGAAGUGAAGGAACAAGCUAGACUAUCGGAAAACCGUACUGUGUUGCAAGCUUUCGAAUGGGAGCAUUGGAUAGAGCGCGAAGAAUAUAUACAGGAAUGCCAGAUGUUACGAUUAGAAAUACUAAUAGGUAUGUUCAAUAAACGCGAAGAAAAAAUGCAUGCCACCUCCAAGGCACGCAUUGAGCGCAGCUAUGAAGAAAUACUCGCACGCCGUGAUGCCUCAUUACAUAAAAAUCAGGUGGAAUACGAAAGAGGGAUUCGUCAACUUGAAAUCAAACGACGCCGUGUGCCAAAGUGUUGGCGUAAAGAGAAUAUAGUCAGUCAGCUCGGUAGCCCCAGCUCAGAGUUUUAUGGACCACAACUGCGUUAUGGUGUGAAUCCGGCACGCAGACAUUUUGUUGGUGGACAGAAGGAAUUUGAUGCGCGUAUGGAUGAUUUAGAAAAGCGUGCGGUUAAAUUUACAAAGCUUGUAUGUCCGUUCGCGAAGCUUAAAGAAUGGGCGACACCCAAGCAACGACUUUUGGAAAUUGAACAAAAUUUCUGCUCCGAUGAGAACCUACAGAAAAUUUAUGAUACACUUACGAGUUUACGUAAACAAGCUGUAAAGCAAAAGGUCAUGCCAAAAUGUCUCAUCCUGAAGAAAAAACAACCUCAAAUAAAACAAAUUAUAUCCAGAUCAGACUACAAUAUGGAAACUAAAAUCGAAGAAAACGUUCAAGUACAAGAGCUACCAGAAAUUAAAGCUAGUGAAGGUGAGCUUAAGCGUAUAGAAGACCGAAAAUUCCGACAGUCAAUAGAAGAUAAAAAGCAACGAGCACAAUAUCUUUUACAGGAACUAUAUAAUGAGGAAGUCGAGGGUAUGGUUCAAGAAUAUGAAGGUUCUACAAUAGGGUGGAUUAUGCGCUUUUUAUCGGAGGAAAUGGGUCGUUUGCAAGAACAACGCCUAUUGCAUUAUAUCACAAUGCUAGCACAAAAGGAGCGUUGGCGGCGUGAAGCAGCCGAAGCUGGUCUGCGACAGAAGGAAAAUAACAUGCGACAAAUAUACGAACAAGUUUAUAAGGAAACUAUGGAAGUUUGUCUUGUUGGUCGCAAAUAUCUGAGUAUGAUUUUAGAUAAGGACAUCCCGAAUAUUGCACAUCAUAUAGCGGAAGAUGAAGUCUUAGAUAUGGCACGAGUCAUCGACAAAGACAUACAACGCUGGUUGGAUUCCCUGUAUGAAAUACAAAACCCAUUGAAUUAUAAUUCCCUACGAUAUAAACUCAAGAAAAUAAUAUUUCCCGACCUCGAUGAAAUUUUGAAACAAUUAGAUAUUAAACAGAUGUUACAUGAAAUUAUUGAAGAAUUGCUUUUCGAAACAGUUUUCACUGCUUUGGAACCUUACGACAUAUGCACCACGUUGGUAAAUGAGUUGAUCGAUCGUCUCAUCGAUCUCGACUUAUACUACUUUACUUCAGAAGAAACGUCAAAUUGUUCUUGUAUCGCUUGCGAAUGUGCGGAAAAUGAUCGUGAAAUAAGGGCUAUAAUACGAAAAUUGAUACGAAGUGCUGUGCCGGGUCGGCGUUGGAAAACACCCCUCGAGCGCACAGUCAAAGAAUUGUUAAUUGAUUUGAUCAAAGAUGUGGUCGAUGUCACCAAUACCAGAGGAUCCAUAUUCGAAAGUGAUAGCUUGACUCGCUUUUGUAAAUUGCAGUUAUCUCCAUCACAUAUGGAUUUACGUCAUCCCUCCAUCCAAGGUCCUAAAAUUACUUCAUCUGAGACUUCGUCAUCUUCUAUUGAUUUAAUUGAUCAAAUUUUGACUGGAGUGUAUGCAGAACACGAAGGCGUUCGGGCAGAAACUGAAAUGUCAACUUCGCCUCAGAGAAGAGAGGACACAUCAUCCGACCGAGAGUUCAUGCCGGAAUCCUUUUAUUAUGACCCAUCCGAGUUUGUGGAAUCUGAACCAGAUACGUUAUCACCGAAAGCCCUAAAUCAAAUCUACAAGGAGCUCCUACAUUUCUUAGGGACUGAAGAUGAUAAUGAAGAUAUGGAGCAAUCUGAGGACAGACAGAGUACUAGUAGAAGCAGCCAAAGUCCCAAAAGUAGUGAUGUUGGCUUGCGUUCUUUAAUGGAUGAGGUGUUUAGAAAAAUAUCAAUUCUUGAAAACGAAAGUGGAGAUAUUGGAGCUGCAGUACGCGCCACAUCUUCAGCAGCAUCGAUACGAGCACAGAUUAAAACGGAUGAGGAUGAAGUCGCUGAAAUAUAUAAAAAAUCACAACCACUUGAGCUAAUCUCUGAACAAUCAAGUGAACAACUUUCCAUCCAAUCUUCUAUGAAGGAUAUCAAAGAACCAAUAAUGCAAGAACAGGUUCUCACCGCGAGUACAGCUCUAAAAGACACACAUUCACCUGAACCACCAGUAGUAGAAGAGAUGCAAGAAAUAGUGGAACAACCAGAGUUAGAAAUACAAUUAGGUGAAGAUGCUCAUUCGGAAAAACAUUCGGCAUUGGAAAAACGAGCCAGUGAUAUAAGCAAAAAAUCUUCUUUACGUAAUCAAUAUGAAAGUGCAUAUGUCACGUCACAUGUACGGAUCAGUGAAAAAUCGGAUGUAGCUGAGUUUAAGAAAUCAACAUCGCAAAUAAGUGUUGAAAAACCGGCAGAAACACGUGAGUCUGCUCCUCAUGUACAUAUCAGUCAAGAAGUCGAGCAAGAGAAUGAGCAGCAAGAGAAUGCUGCUGAAUAAUGUAGUUACGAGAUUAAUAGGUGUGUGUAAUAUAUUUUUUACAGAUCGAUAAACAAUUUUCAUGUAUAUUAUUUACAACUAAAUAUAUAUAUUAUUCUAUAAAUCUUUCA